UAAGUACGUCCGUUUUCCAGUGAUUAGUAGAUCGUCAAUUCUCUAGGAGGGUACAACGGAUGACUUUUCAUCGACAUAAAUAACUACAAUGAAAUUAAUAUUGAUUCUUGACCUGUUACUUUUGAAUGUACUCGUUUCUGGAAUGCGCGUAUCUCAAAAGAAAUGUGCUGAAUAUCGAAAGAUGUUUCCAAUGCAAUACCAUCAAGGCGAAGAUGCUGCCCCAAAAGAAUUUCCAUUUAUGGCAACGAUUCACAACAACACACACUUUUUCAAUGGGAUAUUAGUCAGCGACAACUUUGUACUUUCGAUAGCGAAUGCUAAUUUUUCCGACCCAACUAUUGUUCUUGGCGAUUUGGAACUAUUUACAGAAAUGGAUGAUGCACAGUCAAAAACUUAUAAAGUUAUCAACACAUUUACACAUCCUGAUUUUAAUCAAGGCUAUGCAUACGCCGACAUUAAAUUGUAUCAGCUGAAUGAAUCCAUCAAAUUCAAUGAGUAUGUGCGACCCGCAUGUUUAUCAUCAAAUGAUCUGUCGGUUUCGGAGGCCUUAACACAAAUCACCUGGGGUACAACAAACAUUCGAAAGAACCGUAUUUUACAUAAAAUCAAUUUGAAUAACAUUUCCAAUAUAAGCUGCAAGAAAGCAUACAAAAUCUCCAAGAGUCAUAAAAAUUCUGUUAAGGAUAUUGAGACGCAAAGUAUUUUCUGUGCUGAAUCCAAAAACGGUACUAGAGCAAAAAUAUCUGGAGGUGGUGGAAGUGCUGUUAUUCGUGACAAUCGAAGUUCGCUUGAUGAGGUCAUAGGACUUCAAUCUUGGAGUGUAGUGUCUGUUUAUGUUUUUGUUCGUGUCUCAUCAUAUAUAGAUUGGAUUGAAAGCAUAGUUUGGUCUAAACACUGUAUUUCAACAACGACACAACAUACAAAUGAAAUCCAAGUAAUGACUGUCGCUAGUACUGCAUCAACGACACAUUUUUACGAAUUCGAAACAAGGACUUUCCAUAGAACAUCAACCUCAAAACAUCCUGCAACAGCGACACACCCACCAAAUGAAUUCGAAACAAAGACUUUUCCAAUAAAAUUUAUUUUCAUAAUCGUAGCAAUUUCAAUGACAUUGCUGUUGUGUGCUUCAGUUAUGUACUUUUUAUUGUUUAAAUCGAAAGCUAGUGUAAACAAUGUAAACUUUCAGGUAUAACCAUGUUGCAAUAAUAAAGGAAAAAUAAUUUUAACAA